AUGAGCGACCCACUAUAUAGGACAUCGUGCCGCACACUACUUACAAAGUUGUGUAAUCAGAUCAAUAAUUAUUUGAACGAGCCUGAUAACAUUACUGAAGAAGGCCUGGCUAUUAACCUGAAGCGGCUUCAGAACGCCCACGAAAAGUUGAAAAAGGCUGAUGAAAUGGUUCAAGAUGACAAAGAUUUUGACAUAGUAAUUGAUUAUGAUGACAAAGCAAUAGCAGUUAUUGCGAAACUUGAAUAUAACAUACAGCGGCUGAAGAUUUCCAGCAACGAACCAUUUCACUCAGACCUUAAGGAAAGUAUAAUUCAGGGCUUUGAAAAUUCCAAUAACAGUAAUGGAGUCAGACUUAAACCUAUAGAAUUGAAAAAAUUUAACGGAGCAUUUGAAAGUUGGUUGCCCUUUUGGGAGCAAUUUAAAGUAGCUGUACAUGAUGUUGUGGUUCUCAUGGAAAACCUAGAUGCAGCAACAAAAUUUAAUUAUUUAAACGAAGCGUUAGUCGGUGAAGCAGCAGCGAAAAUAGCGGUAUUCAUUCCAACAGAAGCAUGUUACAAAGACGCUUUAAAUUUGUUGUUGGAAGAAUAUGGAGACAGAGAAAAAAUAAUCGAAAAGUACAUCCAAAAAUUACUUAACGUUCAAGCUGUACAUUCAUCAUCGAAUAUAAAAGGUUUACGAAGUUUGUAUAAUGAAACAAAAUCAUCAAUUAGAACACUCACGGCUCUCGGCGUUCCUUCUUCUCAAUAUACAAUCAUGGUAUACUCUUUAAUAUUAAAAGCAAUUCCUCCGAAUAUAAGAGUAGAAUUUCAUAAAAAGAAAAAAAGAGGUAUUCACCAUUCGACUAUGCUCAAUUCAACGGCAACAGAAAAUGGUGAAAGCAUAACAAAAAUAAAAUAUGAUGAUCAGCUAAUAACGUUAUUAGAACAUAUCAGAAUUGAAGUAGAAGCAUUAGAAAAAGCAACAAUGUCAACUCACUGCAAUGCAGAUAAAAGGGAUAAUGACAAAACAAAGACAGCACGAGGCACAGCCGUUGGUUUAUAUUUUUCUGAACAAAUUUACAGAAAUUGCAUUUUUUGUAAACGCGCAAAUCAUAAUACAAGUGAUUGCAAAGACAAAACCAUUGGAAUUAAUCAAAAGAAAAAUAUAUUAAAAGGUCAAGGAAGGUGCUUCAGAUGUGGUAAGGCAAAUCAUACUUCUAAGUUCUGUAAAAAUCAGUGGAUAAAAUGUUCCAUUUGCAGUGGUCGCCAUAUGAGUGCUAUUUGUGAGAAUAAAACGUUUAAAUUAAACAGCGUAGACAAUUUGGUUGAACGCCAAUCGGUAACAACUACAACGGAAAAACCAGCAUUGCCUGAAACGAGCACAUUAAAUUCAUCAGCAGCUCUGAACACAAUGUUAAAUGUUGGAAAAAAUGAAGUUUAUUUACAAACCGCUAAAGCGAUAGUUUCAAGUGAUGAAUCUAAAUGUUUAACAAGAGUGAUUAUGGACAAUGGAAGUCAAGGAACAUAUGUUACCGAAUAUUUGGCAAAGCAGCUACAAUUACCGGUUGUAGUGCAAAGCCAAUAUUCCGAUGAAAUUAAAGAAAUUUAUGCUUCAGUUGUGCAAAAUAUAUGUGCUGAUGUUAUACCAGUUCCUGGUGACAUAUAUGAUAAAAUUAAAAACAUGGCUGAAAAUGUAGUCACAAAUUUGAAACAUUUUUCGGUUGGACAAUUCAAGGCUGUUCAGAUAAUCAAACUCAAACGCGAAUAUGUAUUGAAUGUUAUCGAAGAUUCAAACGAUUUUGACGUUUCUAAAUUUUGGGAUUUAGAAUCCGUUGGUAUUAAAUCAUACCCCGAAUGUACAAAACCUCUUAAAAAAGUAAAUUUAGCGAAAAUUAAUGGACGUUAUACUGUAAGCCUACCAUGGAAAUAUGAUAAGGAUGUCUACCUUCAUAAUAAUAAAAAUAAUGCUCUAAAUCGACUCAAAACUCUUAGUUCUAAAUUAUUUAAAGAUCAUAAUAAACUAAUCGAAUACGACACUGGAAUGCGCGAACUAAUUAAGUCUGGAAUAGCAGAGGAAGUACCAGAUAGCCAUAGUAAUGAGAGAACAUAUUACAUGCCGCAUCGUCCAGUGUACAGAGAAGAUAAAAUUACAACAAAAAUGCGCAUUGUGUUCAACGCCUCUUCAAGUGACCCAGGAAUGGCAUCACUUAAUGAUAUGCUUGAUUUAGGUAAGAACUUAUUGGCAGAUUUAACUUCGAUAUUGCUAAGAUUUCGUUGUCACAAAAUUGCAAUGAGUGCAGAUAUAGAAAAAGCAUUUUUACAAAUUACAUUAAAUCAGAAUGAUAGAGAUAGUCAUCGUUUCCUCUGGUAUGAAAAUUUAAGAGAUGAUAACAAACCAGCGGAAAUUGCAAUUUAUCGAAUGGCAAGGGUAACUUUUGGUGUAACAGCUAGUCCUUUCUUGUUAGCGUCGACAAUGCAGCAACAUCUGCAAGGCAAUGUUGAGCAAUAUGGUUUAAUAUGUGACAAACUAAAAAACUCAUUUUACGUAGACGACUUAAUAAUUAGUAUAUCAACUGUUCAAGAAGCUGAAUAUUUAUACCUCAUUGCAACGAAAAUAAUGAAAAUAGGAGGUUUUAAUUUGCGGAAAUGGACCUCCAACAGCGAAGACUUACGACGAAAAUUUGAAGAAAAUAAUGAAGAGCAGCAUCCGAUACAAAAGGUGCUUGGCGUUUUAUGGAACAUUUAUGAAGAUAAUUUAUUUAUAAAUUUAGAUCACUGUAUAGAGAUUUCUCGGAAUUUAAGACCCACUAAACGCAAUGUAUUAAAGAUUAUGGCUGGAGUUUAUGAUCCCUUAGGAUUUUUAGGUCCGUUUACUGUAAAAAUCAAAACACUAUUGCAGAGGAUAUGGAAAGAAAAUUUAGACUGGGACUCUACCUUGCCUGAAAGCUUAGCGGAUGAUUUUAAUAAAUGGUGUGAUGAUUUACAUAAUUUAAAAUAUUUUACUAUUAGUCGAUGCCUGAUGCGAGCCCGAUUGCAUACGGAGCUGUUGCAUACCUACGAGAAAUUUUGUCUAGUGGCAAAUUAUUUACAAGCCUUAUAUGUUCUAAAAACAGAGUAA